AUGAUUUUAUUAACUGCUCAAUAUGAAACUCCCAAGCAGGUUGGUAUCAUCGGGAAAUACGGGACCCGCUAUGGUGCCUCCCUCCGGAAAAUGGUGAAGAAAAUUGAAAUCAGCCAGCAUGCCAAGUACUCCUGCUCCUUCUGUGGAAAGACCAACAUGAAGAGACAAGCUGUUGGCAUCUGGCACUGUGGUUCCUGCAUGAAAACAGUGGCUGGUGGGGCCUGAACCCACAACACGACUUCUUCGUCCGCCAUCAGAAGACUGAAGGAACUGAAAGACCAGUAGAACCAUACUGUUUGAGACCUGCCUGCUCUCU